AUGUACAGAAAACAAUGUUCACUUUCUAUAUGGCAAAGUGCUCUUUUCAGCAUUGCUACCGAAACUAUUAUAGUCAGACAUUCAAGGCUUGAAGCUUAUUUAGAAAUUGUAAGAAAAGAGCUACUUACUAGGAGUUCACCAGUCACUCCAGCGACAGCUCUUUCAACGUCAAUGAUAACAUCUGAUACAUCAACAACACCAAGUCACCAAUCGCCGUCGUCAUCGUCGUCAUUAAAUGAUUUGGCAGAUAUUUUAAUUCAAAAACUUGACAGAUCAAAAAUUUUUCCUCCACAUCUUAAUAAUCCCGAGCAGUUAAUGAAUUUGACACGUAGGAGCGAUGAACGUCCUCCAAGACCUCCAAAUGGUUUCCUGUUAUGUCGUAAAAAUGUACAUCAAGAAGCAAAAAUAAAUGGGAUAUGCAACAUGAGAGUAAUAAGUAAAGUUAGUGCAACCACGCUACCUUAUUUUCAUCCAAACCAUCAUCAUUAUCCUGGACAUCACCAUCCAAACCAUCACCUUGUAAAUCAUCACACUAGUCAUCAACAACUCAAUCAUCACUCUCUUAGUCAUCACUCGCUCAAUAAUAAUAAUCAAAAUCAUCACCAAUUAAGUCAUCACUCACCUCUUCCUCAUCUUCCUCAUCUUAAUCACCCUCUUCCACAUUCGCAACAACAACUUAAAAACAUCACGAAACAUCACACCACCAACAAUCACAUUAAUCAUCAUCAAUCACCAUCUUCUUCUUCUCAUCAUCAUCCAUACGCUAAUCAUCAUCAUCACCAUCAUCAAUUUAUACCAUCAUCAACAACAGUGGCUACGAAUAAUAAUAAUACACUUUCGCCAAUAAUUUUCACCUGA